AUGUUAUUUAACUUACCUCUGAAAUAGACAAGACAAGUCGAUUUACUCAAGCCUGUUGAGUAGGCCAUCCUGAACUGCUAUGGAGAAGCCAAGCUCUUUACAGAAAUUAGGGAUGUAGUCGAGAAGACAUAAAAACUGAGAUAACACUUGGAUUACGAGAAAAUCAACUUAAGCAUCGCCACUGAUCCUCUAACAUCAGAAAAUCUAGAGAACAACCUGAUUGAAUACCUUAAACACUUUUCUUUACUAUUCAAACAUUUAAGAUUCGAACAAGGAGACCAAAGAUCCCCUUAAGUAAUGUUCUAUUGGAGUGACAGCUAUGAUCAUAAAAGAAGCUGCCAAUUAAAUUAGGGCAGAUUAGAAUUGAUAUCCUAAUACUACAAUCUGGCAAUCUCUUACUAUUAUCAAGCCAAUAGCAAGAUGAUAAAGGAUACUGACCCUGAUCGUAAGGCUGCAUACACAAAAUUGAGAAAUGGAUUAUGGGCUUUUGACUAAUUAAAACAACAUAUUCAUGGACUAUCUAAAGAUUCAAUUUCCUAGUUAUAUGAUAUUACAACAUUGAAUCUAGAAUUCUUAGAACAUGCUUACUGCGGACUUUCAUACAAGGCCCUCUAUCAGAAUAUGAUGUCACAAGUAAAAACUUUUGGAUUGAAUAUUGUUUGUGGUACAAUUUUUGAGGCAGCCAAAGAAUUCACCAUAUCCCUCAAGGCCGUUGAAGCAAUGAAUUCCCAAUACUAAAAACAAGUUGGAAAAAACUUUCUUGCAUAAAUCUUGCCUAUGAUUUAAUUUAACUAAAUUUGGGCAACCGUCACUGGAUGUAUUUAGAUGGGCGUAUAUCAUUAUGGAAGAAUACCAGAUGACUCCAGAGGUUAGAAUAUGGGAAAGGCCUUAGGCUUUUUAAUUAGAGCACAAUAGUUGUUAUAACCAGUAGUUAACGACAAGAAUUCCAGUAAAACAUACUCACCAGAUUAACUUGAUCAAUUGAAAUAAUUGAACCAACAAUUGACUCAAUUGUCUACAGAAUAUAAUUACAAGAACUAACAGAUAUAUAAGGAAUAAAUAGUAGCUUAGGAUUUGUUACCAUAUCCUCCUUUAAUGGAAUAAAUUAGAAUCAAACCUCUUGAACCAGUUAAUUUCAAGGAAUCUGUUUAAGGAGCAAACAAAUUUUCAGGCUUUGUUUCAGAAGAAGCUUUAUAAUUGUCUAGAGAGAUUAAGAUGUUUGUAGAAUAAACAAAAUACUCUCUCGAAGAAUCACUAAGGUAGUUAUUUAGUCAAAAAAAUCAAGCCUAUGCAGAGGCCUUUCUAACUUACUUUAUCGAUAUGGCACAAUAAAAACAACUUGUUUCUGGAGGCAUCCCUUAGAGUAUCUAAGAUAAAAUAGCCUAUAUCAGAAGCAGAGGAUGUUUGAGUGGAAUAGAAAAGAUAGUAGAAUAAGGAAAAUAAAAAUCCAUCAUUUGCAACUAAUUGCUAGGAUAAAUUGAGUAGGAAUUACUGAAUGAAUAACAAUAAGAUUAACAGAAUAGAAAUAAAUAUGGUGCUAAAUGGGCAAGAACUCCCUCAAGCUAAUUGAAUUAACAAUAUUUCAACUCUCUUAAGGAUCUCAAGGCUAAAUACUUAUAAGCAUAAGGAAUUGAUUUUAAUGUGAUGAGUGGUUUUGAGAAUUCCAAAGAAGCUAUCAUACUUGCUGCUUAAAAUGACAACUAAAUUAUUGAAAAAUUGCCAAAAGAUAAUAACAAUUCUGAUUUUGUGAAUCAAAAUGCUUAAACUUUUGCGCAAUUAACAUCCUUAGAUCAAAAAGUCAACACUAUUAUCGAUUAAUUAAAGGCUACCAUUUAAGAGUACACUUAAAUCAUACAAGAAACUAAUUUCACUAAGAUUGCCGUUAAUGGAAUUAAUGAUGGAUUACCAAAAGAGUAAGUAUUUACUAUCGCCCUUUAAACUGUGUCAGCCCUUAUUGAAAACUUUAACAAUAAUAUGAAUUCAGUCUCAGAAGUGAUCACUCAAAUUUGUGGGAUCGCCAAACAACUCUCUAACCUAAAGAAGCAAUCAGUUGAAUAAGUCCAAUAAUCCGGAUAGACCAAUAUCUUUGCCAACGCUUAAUCUGCUAUUGAUAAUAUUGAUCAUUCAGUGGUCUUCUACGAGCAAUUAAAAAUGCAUUUGGAAGAUCAAGACAGAAAGGUGAAGGAUUUCUUAAUGGCCAGAAAUAUUGAAUCAGAAUAACUAAUUUAAUAAUUGAAUUAACAAUAAACAUACUAGCAAUCCUAACAAAAUCAAGCAUAAUAUCAGCAACCUCAAUAGCCACAGUAGUAAGCAGGAUAUUAAUAUCCAGUCUAUCCCUAAUAUCCUCAAUAGCCACAAUAGCCUAACCCUCAAUAUCCAUAAUAGCCAAAUCCUAAUUAUCCUUAAGGAUAUCCACCUCAAUAGUAUCCAUAAUAGCAAUAACCCUAUGUCUAAUACCCAUAAUAAAAUUAAGGAGCAUGGGGUUAACAGUACAAAAAAUGAUAUAAUUUACAUAAUUAUAGUUGUUGUAAUAAUUUCUUAA